CGUAACAUCCCAUUUUUUCGACACGGCAAAUCGCCGAGCCGCCGUCGAUUCUGCUUAGCUUGCGGCGAAGGACGAUCCGUCUCUUUCGUCCCACCAUCAUCGGAGGAAAUCUCGACGUUCCAUCAAGCUGCCCUUCCAUCGGAUAAAGGCGAAAAGGAGAAGGCAAGGUGCGAUCUUUGCUGGUCCUGUUGGUGAAUCCGUUCGUACAGCAGGGGGAUUCGAGGGGAGUUCGUAUUAGGGUUUGACGUUCGGAGUCGAGAUCGAUUGGGUAUCUGCGGUUUUUGUUCGGUGAAUCGUCAUCAUCCCCGGAAGUUUUAACCUUUGGACAGGGGAGUUGGAGGUUAUUUCUGGUUGCUGCAAGGUCCGGCGAAUGCUAUGGAGUUCAAGAUUGGGCGGAUCAACCUCAAUGCCGUCGCACAGGGUGUUGGCGGACUUGUUUUUGGGAAUGAUGAUCAAACCGCUGCAAAAGAGGACAGAUAUGUUGAACGUUGUCUCGACCGGAUAAGUAAUGGUGUUUUGGCAGAAGAUAGACAUGCUGCCAUGACCGAACUGCAGUCUAUUGUUGCGGAAAGUCAUCAAGCUCAGUUGGCAUUUGGUGCAAUGGGGUUCCCUGUGAUUAUGUCUGUCUUGAAGGAAGAACGUGCAGAUGUCGAAAUGGUCCGAGGUGCACUGGAAAUACUUAUAGGUGCAUUGACCCCCCUUGAUUCAGCAGGUAGAUUGAAGAAUGAGCUUCAACCAUCUUUGAUGAACUCUGAUCUUCUUUCAAGGGAGUCUGAUAAUAUCUCUCUUCUUUUGAGUCUGCUGUCUGAAGAUGACUUCUAUGUUCGGUACUAUACACUACAGCUUUUAACAUCUCUGUUGACCAAUUCUCCGCAUAGGCUACAGGAAGCAAUCUUGGCCACCCCUCGUGGGUUGACUAGGCUUAUGGAUAUGCUGAUGGAUCGUGAGGUCAUUAGAAAUGAAGCUUUGUUACUUCUCACUUAUCUUACUCGUGAAGCUGAGGAAAUUCAAAAAAUUGUAGUAUUUGAAGGUGGCUUUGAAAAGAUCUUUGCCAUAGUUAAAGAGGAAGGUGGAUCUGAGGGUGGCGUUGUUGUUCAGGACUGCAUUGAGUUAUUAAACAACCUCCUUCGCAAUAAUACAUCCAAUCAGAUACUGCUGAGGGAAACUGUGGGAAUUGAGCCUCUGAUAUCAAUUUUAAAACUUCGGAAAGGCAGUGCUUAUAACUUUACACAACAGAAGACAGUGAACCUGCUCAGUGUAUUAGAAGCCAUUAGAUUGCUUUUGGUGGGAGGUGCUGAAGCAGAUGCUGCAAAAGAUGUAAAUAGAGUGACAAAUCAAACAUUUCUUGCACAGAAUAAGGUGCUGGACUCCCUUUUGAUGUUAGGGGUUGAGAGCAGGUGGGCUCCAGUUGCAGUUCGCUCUUUGGCACUGCACUGUAUCGGUGACUUGAUUGCUAGACACCCACAAAACCUUGAUGCAAUUGUCCGUAAACUAAUUGGAGAGGAGCCACACGCAGAGCCUGCGUUGAAUGCUAUUCUUAGAAUUAUUUUACAGACUUCUGAUAUUCAAGAGUCAAUUGCUGCUGACUAUGUCCUAAAAUGUUUCUGUGAGAGGAAUCCAGAUGGCCAGGCAAUCUUAACGUCCACGGUGAACCCUCAAUCUUCAAUUAGUGCCCAUGAUGUCCUUGAUAAAGAUGUUCAUAUUCCAUUUGGCAGCAUGCUACUGCACAGCCUUACAGUAUGUGAAUCUGAGAAUGAUCUUGAGAUAUGUUGCAGGGCUGCUAAUGUUCUUUCUCAUCUUCUGAAAGAUAAUUUGCAAUGCAAGGAAAGGGUUCUUCAGAUUGAACUUGAAGCAUCGGGUCCAUCACUAGUAGCGUCAGAGCCUCUUUUGCAUCGAGUUGUCAAAUAUUUGGCAAUUUCUUCAUCCACAAAAAAUAUAGAAGUUGAACAGGAGAUGGGCAGUCAAGAUUUGUAUAUGAAGCCAAUUAUUUUGCGAUUACUAAUCAUAUGGUUAGCUGAUUCCCCCAGUGUUGUGCGCUGUUUUUUGUCUUCUCCUGCACAUCUGACAUACUUAAUAGAGCUCCUCUCUAGCCCUACUACGAGCAUCUUCAUUCAUGGAUUGGCAGCCACCCUGUUGGGUGAGUGUGUGAUAUAUAACAAAGGUGGUGACGGCAGCAGGGAUGCAUUCAUGGUGGUGGAUGCCAUUAGCCAAAGGAUUGGACUGACUGCAUAUUUUCAUAAAUUUGAGGCAAUGAGGAAAAGUCCCAUCUUUGCCUCCUCAGGAUCUAAGAGACAGUUGUCAAAGCCACCUAGUAGAUCAACCUCAUCAGAGGCUGUUGGCCCCAGUGACAUACCAGAUGAAGAUCAGAAUGGAGAUGACGGUGGUGGCAGCUUGAAGCUUGACCAUCCAUUAUUGCAUCUGGUCUUUGAUCCAGCUUUUGUCAACUUUGUGAAACAUCUGGAACCAAGUAUAAGGGAGAGUGUUGUGGAUUUAUUCAGCCAUCCGAAAAAUAAUGUGUCGAUUGUGCCAGCAAUGCUGGAACAGAAAAAUGGCGAAAAUGACAAGGAUUAUAUAGCACGGCUGAGGUUGUUUGUGGAGAAGCAAUGCAAUGAAAUUCAGGAUCUACUUGGCCGCAACGCUGCUUUGGCAGAGGACUUGGCAAAGACAAGUGGACGUGGCGAGAUGUCUGCUGAUGGUUCUGGAUCCAGCGGUAGAGACAGAGUACAGGUGGAGAGCCUGCGGCGGGAGCUUAUGGAAUCACGUCAGCGCCUUGAAAAUCUUGUGGUGGAGAAGACCAAACUUGAAUCAGAAGCAUCAACGUACAAGCAGAUGGUUGGUAAGAUAGAAUCUGAUCUUAAAAGCCUCUCUGAUGCAUACAACAGCCUGGAGCAGGCCAAUUUCUGCCUGGAAGCUGAAACCAAGGCAUUGAGAAGUGGCAAGGGGAACGAUCUGCCUGACCUAGAAGCUGUCCGUGCCGAUGCUCGGGAGGAAGCUCAAAAGGACAGUGAAGCAGAGCUGAAUGACUUGCUCGUCUGCCUGGGACAGGAGCAAAGCAAGGUCGAGAGGCUCAGUGCAAGGUUGAUGGAGUUGGGAGAGGAUGUUGACUCCUUACUGGAAGGAAUAGGCGAUGAGGCUGAGGCUGGGCUGCUGGAAGAAGAAGAAGAAGGAUGAGGGACAGGCACUGGCGUCUUUUUUUCCAUUGUUUUAUUUGUUCAGAUGUAUUUUGGGAGAUUUCUGCUGUAUAUCUCAAUGUAAAAAUAAAGGUGCCCAUGAAACAAUCGUGUUUGAACGUGAAGUAGAGAUAACAUUUCAUAAAAUUUAACCCAAGGAACAUUGCUCAGUUUGUUUCU